UACGCAAACCCUCUUCUUCGUCUCGGGUUUGAAUUCUCCCAACCCCUCUUGUGUUUAUAUCAGGCUAUGCAAACGGGGAAAACGUUUUCUAUUGCUUAGCUAUGGGGCUGUCAUCUAGGCCUGGAGGCUGGGAUUUCCCUGGGCUAUUGAAAAUUUGAAGCCUGGCUUGAAAAGCAAUGCACCGACCUUAUAAGGAAAGUUGAAAUCUCAGGGUUCCUUCUGUUUUUAUUCCCCUGCCCUCUUCAAAAUAGUGAGAGCCAAGAUCAACCUUUCAGAUUUUGUUUUUAUAUGCCGCUGCAAUUUAUAGCAAGAAAAUAAGUCACGUUUUGAUUGAUUUCUUCAGUCACCCUAUAGAGUUUUUAAAAGUGCCUGCAACUCGGUCUGAUUAAUAGCUGACCAAAGGUGCUACUACUUUGCAAUUCUAUCAAUAAGAGUCAAAUUUCUAAGUAAACAUAUUCUUAAUGUCAAUAUUCUUGUAUUCAUAUUUUUAACCGCGGGAAGACUGGCUCUGUCGAUGGAGCACUUGACUGCGUAACUGAGAAAUGAAGGUAUUUAGCCUAACCACACGCUUAGACCUUCGCAUGGCUUGGAUGACAAUGUAAAAUGGCAGGUUUUUCGCUCUCACUACAUCUAAGGCUGCAUGCAAACGGGCGCAACAACUCCCAACAUUGUUGCGCCAACAAUGUUGGGAGUUGUUGCUCGCGUGUUGGCAGUGGUGUGUGGCCCCUACAAUGUUGGAAGAACUGUGCAAACGGAUCCAACAUUGUUGCGCUACGCUUCGGCGAUCACAGAACAAAAGAAAUGUUGGGAGUUGUUGGCCGAAAGUUUGACCGGUUUCAAACUUUGCGCAACAACAUGCAACAGGGUGUGCAAACGGACGAAACAUGUAACAUCUAACAAUGUUGGGAGUUGCACGGCGCUUAACAUCAUUGUGUGGUUACAUUACCAUGGAAUCCUGAUAUAACAAGGUGCCAAGCGGGAGGGGGAAACGUUAAUGUUAAAGGCCGGGGCGGUGGGGGGUUAUGUCAUACUGUAUCAGUUUCUUAUUUCAUACAGGAACAUCAUUCGUUCAUUUAGAAUGUUUGAUGGAAUAUUUAAGUUCUAUUGUGUAUAAACUUAUGGCACUAUUUAUACUUUUUCUUUUCAAGAAUCCUGCAGUAAGUCGUGAUUAUGUGGAUAAUGAUCCAAUACCAGUUCCAAAGCAUGGCACAGUUUCAGGGUAUGUCUGCAGUUAUAUGGCUGUUUUAUGCUAAAAGGCGAAUCACAAAUGCUCUGCAUUAUGUACUUUCGUCGACAAAGGGGUGCUUUUAAGGGUUUGAAACCCUCUGAUUAGGAAGAGCAAAAAACCUAUCUUAAAGCGUUCAGUCAAGCUUGCUUAAAGGAUAGAUAAUAAAUGAGAAGGCGAUCAAUUCAUAAGGAGCCUGUUUGUGGUUAAUUUAUAAAGCAAUAGAAAACCUUUUUUCUGUAAUUGCCUAGCCUUAGGUAAGAACACUCAAGGGGUUGGGAGAAUUCUUGAUAGAUUCAAAGAAUUGCUUUGCUUUGUGCGGCCGUGAGAGAUUUAAGACGUGCAUUGUAGAAAAUUAAUGAAUGAAUUUGUUUUUUCUACUCGAAGGGCCCGUUUCUCGAAAGUCCCGUGCCCAACAUCAAAUAUUCAAAUCAAAUAAAAAAAGAGCGCGGAUCCUAGCUUACAAGCAAUUUUAUUUUGUUUUGUCAACCAACAGUUUUAUUGUGUUAUCCGAAAAGCUAUUGGAACAUAGACUUUCCGGGCCCGUUAAUUACAGAGACUUUUGAGAAACGGGACCGAGAUUGUGUUCGAAAAUGUCGGUUUUCGAUCCCGGCGUUCACGCGUGCAUGGAAGCCAUAAACGCACACGUCUGUGUCUGUUUUCCCUAGACAUGGUAACAACUGUGCUGGAGUUAUAGCUGGAGCGGCUAAUAACAAUUUGUGUGGCGUGGGAAUUGCAUACAACGCCCAAAUUGCAGGUACAUGUAGGUUGAUGUCAUGUGAUUGCCUUCUUCAAUGACAGUUUCACCAAAGACCUCUAAGAGCUUUAAUGUACACUGACACAGUCCAGAAGGGUAUGAGUGUUUGUUAGAAGAAUCUUUUAUUUUGUCAGGAAAGAUAUCUUACGUUUGGGAAAGUCAGAGAACACAGUCUACUCUCAGUCGUUCCAAACAUAGACACGUAUAACGUGCAUGAGCUAUUUUGGAUGCUUCGCUAUAACUGUAACAGGAAUUGUCCCUUUGAACCCUAAUUUUAGACAGGUUCAUUGCUGCCGCUCGAUCGAGCGUGAAGCGAGCGAGCAAUAUUAUAAGGUAUUGCUGCUCUUUUCAUACACGGUACACGAUAUUCAAUAAAGUUGUUUGAACUAACACCGGCAGCACUCUUUUACCUAUUAGGUACACUAGUUUUUAACCACAAUGCAACAGAUUUUUACCACAAUUCCUUGCACGCCCAUUGCCUUUUUAUAUGGAACUUGUUUGGCGUUUUCGGUUGCGUGAAGUUCGUUGAGGUCAGUUGAAAUCCUCGAUUUGAUUUAUCUUUGUGAUGAAUUUCUCUUUUACGUCAAGUUGUCAUAAUUCAUUGUGACGAUCUUUAUAGCGGCAUGUGGUAAUUAUUUUUAUGUUUUCUUCAGUGUAUAGUAAGAUUAUGAGAGAGAGAGAGAGAGAGAAAUGUUCAAAAUAGUGAUGCAAACGUAUUAUGGAACGCAUCUCUCCUGUUGGAGUUUCUUUUGAUUGAAAAAUCCCCUUUCUUGACCAUUUUUAUAUGGCCUUUUUUUGGCAGGUUUUGCUUAUCUCUUCAUAGUACACAACUCAUACUUUACAUUAAAAUUAUGUCCAAUAUGAAUAGUCAAAAUUAGUGGAACGAAUCCUUAUCUUUAAACUUCUUGCUUGUGUUGCUCGUAGAAGCUUAGACUAAGAAAACAGACGACAUUUCGCGACGCCUCAUUGUUGAGAGGCCCUGGGGUUUGCCCCCCUUCCGGUUCUGCGUUUUAAGAAGAGGGUUGUCCCAUGCACUGGAGAGGUUGUACCGUCUCCCAUCUCUGUUCCGGGUAGGAAGCUUGAGCUUGAUGUAGAUGGCUUAUUUCAUGAUCCUGGUUCAUUUAGUUUCACCUUCGGUAUUAUGUAUUUUUUAAAACUAACAUUAUGGUUUUAUACUUUUUUGGGAAAAACCUCGGUACCCCAAAUGUAGGCCACUCAUCGCUAACCUUCAUACUCUUUUAAAGGCUUCCGGUCCAAAAAGACAACCUGUUCAAGACGCUAAAAAGUGAAAUGGUAUACCCUGUUCUAGACUCAAGACCCUGAAAACCAUACCCUGUUCAGCGGCACAUACCCGGUUAGGUUCAAGCCGCCAAAAAUACUGUACACCUUCGCUGUGUGCAAAAAAAUAUAAUAAAAGUUAAUAAAAAUAGAAAAAUAACAGUAGAUUCACCUAGCAUUCUGACAACUUUAGGUAGGUGCGUGCCGCCCAUGGUCUUAAGCCCAGACCCUAUUUAAGGGUGACAAAAAUUGACACCCUAUUCAAGGGAGAAAAAAAACUAAGAAAUUAAUGGUAACACACAAACGUUCAUUAAAUUGCCUUCUUACUACUAUAAGGGAUAGUUCAGUUUUAAAAGACAAUUUGUUGCUCUUCUACCUGGGCGUUAACGCACCUGAAUUUUGGCUGAUAUAAUAACGGUACCGUAUGUAAGGAUCACACCAGAAACACGACGCUAACAAGGGCAAAAACGAUACCGUAUUUAAGGGUGGAGAACCCUAUCGCGCAGGACAUGCCUAUCUCUUUCAUAUAUGGGAGUACCCCCCUCGAAGGGGGGGGGCAUUACAUGUGUCGAAGUAUGGAAUCACCUAGUGAACGGGUUUUCAAGUCCCUACUAAAAUAGUGGUUGAAAAUGAGGGACGCAGGGUGUGUGAGAAGAGAGAUUUUAUAACCGUAAAUUGAAAAUGAAAUUAAAGUAUGGCUCAAACAUAAGUGGUUAGAUGUCGAGUUUGAGGUUAGAACCAGUACCAGCAGUCACGUCAAACGCAAUUAUACAGUGCCAAAAUAAGAUAAAAAUGAUUGAAGGUUAUUUUUAACAGUGUAUGUGCACCUUUCUUUUUCUAAAGGUAUUCGCAUUUUUGAUGACCAUGUCCGGUUGACCGAUGCGAGACAAGCAUUUGCCCUGUCCCAUGAACUCGACAAAAUUGACAUAUAUUCAAACAGUUGGGGACCUGGGGACACGGCCACGGAAGUUGAGGGCCCUGAAACUCUCACGCAAAGAGCUAUCGAGCGUGGUGUAAAGCAGGUAAUGUAUAGAUUUAGCCAGGCCAAAAGCAAAGCUCUCGAGGGAUGCUUUAUAAAAUGUCUUUCUCAAUUCAUUCAACGUUUGCCGUAUACUGAAAGCAAACUGAAUUCCGCGCACGCGUGGAGCUCCGCUAUAAACAAUGCAAUGCGAUACUUAUUUAUUUGCUUGGAGAAAUUUGACCUAUUCGUCACCGGCAUGACCUACCCCUUCAAAAUUCUUUCUUGAAGAGGUGUAAUAAAAAGCUGUAGACAUAAGGGAAUAGACUAUGGUGACACAGUUCCCUUAGCAAAUGAAAGAGACCAGCCAAAUCCAGCCGAACGGCUAUGUUAUCGUCUACUGACCUGAACAAGUUAACUGGGACAGGGUUUUAUUUUCAGCCAGCAAAAUCGUACCAGUUUUUUUUCAAAGCCCUGGUUGGUGGGUAGCUAACCAGGCAGCCGGGCUCCUAUUGCUCAUGUUUGUGUUAAGGGUCACGUCAUCCGUUGGAUGUUUUCAGCAUAGCACUAAAAGAUCGACUAACAAUUAAUGACUAACCUUUUUAAAUUCUCUUUUUAAAAAAUAUCUUUUAAAAAAUUACAAGUUGUAUUCCUUAUAAUAAAUUAUUAUUAAUGUCAGCGAACACAAAAGAGCGACUAACAACUAACCAUUUAAAUUCUCUUUCAAUUACAUUUUUGUGAUAAUUCAAGUUAUACUACUUAUAACAGUUUCAUCAUGAAAGUUCUUAUCCUGUACAUUUCUUUUCACCCCUUUCCCCCCCUUUUUUAUGGGAGCUUACAUGUGACAUUUUCCUUUACUUAAUUCUAAUUUUGUAUCUUAUCCGAUAAUUUAAAGUAUUAUCCAAUUUUUAAAAUUAUUUCAGAAUUUUUGUAACUCUGCAGAUGUAGCUAUAGUUACUGGAGAAACUACUGAGUCAAUUUCAACUUUUAUUGAAAAGAAAAAUUUUCAAAGUCAAUAAUUCCUUGAGUUUUUAAGAACGAAUAUAUUUCAAUCUCAUCUUAACUAUUUCAAUGAUUCGAUAAAUUUUUAAGAACGACUAUACAUCAACAAUAUUAUUAUGUGAAGCUCAUAUAGUGUUUUUACUAUAUCAGUUAACAAACCAUCUGGCUUAUUAUGAUUUGUUUUCACCAAAGAAGCAACUUUACGUUUUCAUUUUUCACAAACAUGUUUUUUACUUAUAAUUAUUUUUGAAGAGAAAAUUACACAUUAAAGUUGUUGAAGUAAUUCCUUUGAUUGUUUUUUUUUCCCUUUGUUUACCCUGGAGUCUCUCCUUUAUUAUUCAUUUAUUUUAUUUUAUUUCACUCUUUCUAUCAUUUAUUUUAUUUCAUUUUAUUAUUAUAAAUUUUUAUUUAUUUAUUUAUUUUUUAUAUAUAUUUUAUUUUAUUAUUAUAUUUUUUUUUCCUCCUCUCUCUUCUUUAUUUUUAACUUUCCAAGAGGUUGACAUGACUGCUUUGCAGUUUGCGGGUCCCUCUUUUCCCCUUUCACCUUCCUAUCAUCCCUCUUAUUAUUUUACCUUCUAACCCCUCAUCCUCUUAUACAUAUCCUAACUCUAUUUUGAGGUUGACAUAGCUGUUUGACAGUUUGCCAGUCCCUCAAUACUUAUUCUUUUUAUUUUUCAACUAAUAUAUUUUAUUUAAUCCUAUCCUUAUUAGAAUUUCAGUAAUUAUUACUUUCUACCUAAUAAAUUUUUGCACUUCUUUGAGGUAGACAUAGCUGCUCUGCAGUUUGCCCGUCCCUCAUUAUCAGUGCUAAUCUUAACAUCUAACUUUUCUGUUCUGUUUGUAUACACACAACACCCUUGUAUACACGCAUCCUCCCUCCCCACCUUACCCACUAUUUUAGUGGAGACUUGGGAACCCUUUCAUUAGGGAUUCCAUACCACACCUGUAAUGCCACAAAGGUUGCUAGAUAUAUCUACUGUCCCUUUUUUUGUUUUUUGUUUUGUUUUUUGUUUUUGUUGUUUUGUUUUUUACAAAGCUAUGGUGGGUACCUAACAGUAGGGGUACCAUUUUGGGUACUAGUCAACUCUUUGAAUUAAGAAAUGGUAAACGUGCAGCGUGCAACCAUGGAGUUAUGGAUGCACGCGGGAGGUUGCUAAGCACGAAAGAAGCGUAAGAGUCGCACUCGGCUAUCGCCUCGUGCGACUCUAGCUUCUUGAGCGCUUAGCAAACCUCCCAAGUGCAUCCAUAACUCCAUGGUUGCACAGCUGCAACUUUUACCAUUUCUUUUAUAACAUAAUCAAAAGAGAAAAACAGUAUUUUCCAUUUGCCUUCGGUUGAGUCCGGUCGGUACGAGUUCAAGUAUGCUGCCACCUGCCUACGCGUAAACAAAUCUUGUUCUAUGUUUUUCAAAAACUUGCCUUUGAGUUUUUCUUUCGCUGAAUCAACCGAUCUCUGUCUUCAGGUAAAUUGCAAAACGUUUUUCGUUGUUAUUCUGAAUAGCAUAUGUCUACUUUCUCUUAAUAUUAGGGUGAAAACUUUGAGGGAAAACUAUAGCUGCAACUAUAAACACCAACUAAGAAGAUUCUAAAAAACAAGCUAAAACUAAAUAAACGAAAUAAUUAUCAAGCUUAUUUUAUGUGGCAAUUUUUGAAAUAUACGUAAAGUAGAAAUGAGAAAAUUUGAAGGUAAUUCCUUUAGAAUAACAGGUAACACUAAUUUUAAAAAGAAAUUAACUAGCUUUGUAUCGAAAUCUGCCUGGGGAAAUCCAGCUAUGAAAGUGAAAGUUAAAACUGAAAUUCGCCGACACACAGCCGGCGCUGAAGCUGUUGUUUUUCGAUCGAUCUCUGAACGACUGUUAUGAAUGAACACUGAGGAACAAAAUAAUACACACAGAAGUCAUUUUUUUAAAAAUUUAUUUGAAACCCAAAUGUUUCUGUACUCAAAUGAAAUUCGCUUAUUCCAGCGUAAUGUGCCCGUUUAAACUCAACUAAAACUUUUAAUAGAUGCGAUGAAAACUUCACAACAAAGCUGUCUCGAAUUUGAGCGUGUUUCCUGAAAUAUUUGCUUGGAUUUAGCAUCAGCUUGACCAAAAAGUCAAUAAAACAAUGCUAAUUGAUGAAUUUACAUUUCAAAGAGACUUUCUCUUCUAUAAAAAACAUACAAAAUGUACCUUCAAUCUUCGCUGGCUCGAUUUUCCUUUGAACAGCCGAUUCUAGCCGCGAGGAAAACAGUGAUUAAUUCAUCCAGGGCAAAUUUGUCGCUUGAUCUUUUGUCUUUUUUCCUUCAAAACGACAGCUUAGUGUUUUCUUCAACUUCCACUUUUCAUCUGUGCAUUUUAUCGGUGUAUUUUACGGUUAUUUUUGUUGAAUUUGCCUGAAUUUUACCGCGCUAGCUCAGUUUCUUGGCGUGCACCCACGGGCAAAUGGUAGUGGCUAACUGACCAAUCAGAGCGCGCGAUUUACUUUUGUUAUGUUAUAAUGGUAAAUGGUGUUUAAAUACUUCCAUCACAACCCUACUAUUUUAUUUAUUUUAUUUUAUUAAUUUUUUAUUUUACUAAUAAAUUAAAUAUUUUUUCUUUUUUCUUUUCAGCUAUUAUUUUUACUAAUUAUUACUACUUAUCCUUUUCAGUUAUUACCCUACUACCUAUUUUAAAAUUUUAUUUUAUUUAUUUAUUUAUUUUUAUUUAUUUUUUAAUUUUUAAAUUUUUUUUUCUAAGUCUUUUUAUUAUUUCACUCUCCUUUUUUUUCGCUAUCCUUUUUCCCCUCUUUCCAGAUCACUAUGGAUCAUAAUAAUCACAUCAACACAGUACAAAACCAACCUAAAAAUGUAAAUAAGAAAAGAGAACGAAACAGGAUAAAAAAGAAGAAAUACAAGCUCAAAAUAAAGCACAAGAGAACAACCACAACUCCCAAAAAUGCCAAACCAUCACUGGCUGUAAAAACCAACAAUGGCUGGAGAUGGUUUACACUUAAAUCCAAGCAACUAUCCCUCAGACAAAAGAAACUCCUAUUUCAAGCCCACAACCUGCACAAAAUAAAAGAACGUAACUCUGCCCUUAUCUUCCAACUUCAAUGUCAACUACAUAACAUAUUUUUCAAAGAUAAAAACUCAACCAUCACCACAUCAACUACUUCAUCCUCAAACCAGACACCAGCCAGCCUGCAAGAAGACAUCGCCACUCUAAAUUCCCAUAACAGCCACCUGCAACUGCGCAUUAAAGCCAUCAAACAAAACCAACUAACCUAUCAUUCCAAGCAUACCUCCUUCCUCAAGUCAUCACAUCAGCUCAACAAAGGCCAUCAACUCCGUCAUCAACUAAACAAAAUCAACAAUGCCCACAGACUCUUCCUCUACCUUUUCCAGACAAGAAACACCCUUUCCUCCUCUAACACCGCCCAUAUCAUGGAACAGAAUCUAAAGUCACAACGCGCCACUAUUACUGCAUCAGAAAAAAUCAAACUAUCUUCAUCAAACAAAGUUCACAACUUCACUUCCACACCACUGCCACCUGAUGCCAUCUCUUUACUCAACAAAGGAACUAACUUUAUCCCUACCACCACCACGCCAAGCAUCUCUUCUCUCCAAAAAAACAUCGAAUCUGAAGUCAACACAGCCCUCUGUUCCCUCAUCCGCAAGAAAAACCACACCACCAAGCUCAACUCAUCUAAAACUUCCAAAUCACUUCUCCGUUUCCAUCCUUACCGCAAGCAGAUGCAUCCACUUCCUUUACUGCAACAAGAACAAUCACGGGCUCACUUCAACCUUGACCUCAUCGACUAUGUUCACAAUACUGUUUCUUUCACUAAAGAAUUUUUACAACCUGCUCAAUUACGUUCUAUUAUUUAUCCUAAAUUAUGUAACACCCUCCCACACACCACAUCUUACAUUACUAACGUACAGAACGACAAUGACGUCAUACUUACAGUUUCUGACAAAAACAUGGGUUGGGCUCUUGUGCCCACCUCAUGGUUCUCCACCGAGUACAAACGACAUCUCUCCGACCUGUCUACCUACAGACGCAUCGACAACUUUAACUGUAAACAAACCAUCACUAACUCCCACACACUACUUGGCCAACUCAAAAAACGAUUCUCAACUAUUAUCACAAACCAUGACAACUCGCGACUGUUGGACCCCACCCCACAAGACAAACUACAACUACCCUACAUGAAGCUACUACCUAAAGUACAUAAACUCGACAAACCUGCAUCAUACGACAACCUGAACAAACUAACUGAAAGACCUAUUAUCACUGCGCACAGCUGGAUAACAUCCAACCCCUCACGUCUACUGGGAACUGAACUAGACAGUAUUAUUUUACAACUGAAAAACCUUUUUGAAGAACGAACCAUACCAUGCCCUUUGAUUUACAACUCAUAUGACUUACUGCUUUUAUUAGACAAACUACGAAUUACCAACAUGUACGACUUAUGUGUCACAACUUUUGACUUCACAUCACUUUACACAAACAUUUCAUACCAUGACACCACUCAAGCAAUCAUUAAGAGCUGUAAACUGCUUAAUUUGCCUAAUUUUUAUAGGGAUUAUUUGCUUAACCUCAAUAAUUUUAUUAACCAACGUAACUAUUUUAGGACUGGUAAUACCAUCUACCAGCAAAUUAAAGGGGAUGCUAUGGGCAGCUACCAUAGCCGGCAAAUUGCGGACCUCGUGCUCCUACUAAGCGAAUUUUCAUUUUUUUAACAAUACUAACUGCCCUACUAAUAGUAUUUUUAUUUUCUGCCGUUAUAUAGAUGAUGGAUUUAUGCUAACCAGCAAAACUAACUUACCUAAUAUCAUCUCUAACCUCUGCAGCUCUUACCCGCCACAAAUACCUCUCACUUUCACAUCGAAUCACCAUACCACUCAUUACCUAGAUCUCACUUUGUCACUCAACCACUUCACCAUCAAAUGCCACAGAGUGCAUCCCCAGAUCUAUCAGAAACCACACCAUAAAUACAUGUAUCCUCAUUUUUCAUCUAACCAUCCCCAUCACAUUUUUGCUGGUAUCAUUAAAACUGAAACUAUACGAUACAGUAGACUUUCAGCCACAAUAGACGACUACAACUUCAUUCACCACCUUUUCACACUUAGACUUACUGCCUCCAUGGAUCACACGCACUGCUCACCAGCGACGCCUGAAAACCAAACAGACUAAUAACGUUACCAGACCCACUGUUUACUACAAGACUCUAUACAACAAAGACAAACGAACAGACAAACUGGUCAACAGCAUUCUACUCAAAUACCACAACCCACACAUACCGAAACUCUCAAAAGCAUACUGCAACUCUACUAAACUCCACACACUCCUUCUUACUAAUAAAAUGUUACACCAUAAAUUAAUCCUAUUUAAUAAUUCUACAACUUAAAACAUAUAUCUACCAGCAGCUAAUUUUCCUUUCGCCAAAUCUUUGCUGGUUAUUUAUAUCAUUUCAAUGGGUUCUUCAUCUACCACCAUGUACAUAGUUUCUCGCCUUUUAAUGCGGUUAUAGUUUUAGCACUACAAAUUUAACGUAUUAUACCCUAGACAUUAUGCGACAUCAAUGGACAUAUUGAACACUUUCGCACUACUUUAAUAUAGAAUUAUGCUAGCUUCAAGCUUUAAUAAUUUUUAAAUUUGACACUUGUAUGUAAUCAAGUUUUAAUUCAUUCUACUUGACACUUGUGAGUAAUCAAAUUUGAAUUCAUUCUACUAGAUAUUUUACUUACACCAAAAAGCUACACUACCAUUUUUAUGUAAAUACCCUAACAUUUUAAUCGUUUUUCACUAUUCCCUACCACAAGCUUUUUUAGCAUUAUAAUUCUCAUUCUUUUACUAGGUCUUUAUCAAUAAAUUUAUCCAGAUGGUUUAAUCUUAAAAGUAGUCACUGCCUAUUUCACUGUGGCAUCGUAUCACGUCUCCCCCUUUUUACUCUCCUUGUUUUGAAACUCCUCUCCUUGCAUGCAGUCUAGCGAAAUUUUACCAUCUUUAUCCUUGUAAAACACGACUCACACACAAGCAACUCUUUACUAAACUCAUCGUCAUCACAAAAAGAACGAUAUAUCAUAUUAUGAAUACCUAACUUCGAUUCCUUACCUCCAACGACCAGAUUGCUAGCUCAACCAGCACUCAGCUCCUGAACUCAACUCCAGUUUUCUUAACAAGAAGAACGAUCGAUCAUACUGAAAUUGUUGUUCCGACUCACCGAUUUCGAUAUAACUCCGAGCAAAAGCUGCUUACUACAAAUCCAUCCCAGCACACUACGAUAAAUGCCACUCCAUAAAUACUUCGACAACUGGCCUUGAGAAGACAGAUUUCUACGCUUUAUAAACAACCCUCAUGGCCGCUCAUAGCCUUCGAAAGGUUGACAGCUAUCCCAUCUAUCAUUGCGACACCUUUCUCGUACGUCAUUGGCUCGCGUCAUUCUGGCGUCAAUUUUAAUUUGUUUUGACAAAAAUUUUUUUUUUUUUGUUACGACAGAAUUUUGUUCCGCAUUUUUCACUCUUUUCUUACGUUUACCCUAGAGGAGCCAUUUCUUCCCAGACGUAAGUAUUUCUCCACGGAAAUUCUCCUCAUCCCUUAUAAUUGUUUUUAAUUUUGGGCCUCCUUAUUUCCAGGACUGACCUUUUUUCACUACCGGCAUUUUUGAAGAAACCCCUUUGUUUUCGUGGUAAGAUAUUGUCACUUUAGCUUAAUUAAUUUGUUACUUUAAACUACCCAACUGGCGCUUACCGCUUUACCGUUAUAAUUCAUUUCUUUUUUAUUUAUCGUUUUCCAACUCUAUUUACAUACAAAGAGAGUAUAUUGUUCUGCUCAAAGUUUAUUUGUUUGUGUUUUUUUUUUCCUUCUUCUUCUUCUUCUUUUCUCUCUCUCUCUUCUCGACUACCUCCCGGCCAUUUCUCUCCUCUCUUCCUUUUUUCUCCUCAAGGACUCGACACAGAGGAUGUCGGGCAAAGGCUCGGCGCCGGGCUAGAAACAUCCUCGCUCAGUUGUGCUUUGCCCCUGAUGAUUCACAACAUUACAGGAGCCUUGGUGUCGAUGCAUCCUUCUUUUUGCCAUACCCGGGUAUUCCCAUUCUCCUUCACACUCUAUCUAUUCUUCUUCUGCUUCCUUUUUCCUGUAAUGACAGUAAGACAAUUUUUGUCAUAACUUAUGGCGCUAAUUAAUAGUUAAUUACAAAAUACUAUCCUUAUACUCCUAUCCCCACCCUCUACUUCACCCCCUCCUCUAUUGUUAUCUUAACAGACUACUUUCAACUAUGGAUAACAACCACUCUACACUCCACUUUUACCAUCAUCACCUCCGCAACCUCUCCCGUGCAUCAAUUGUCCAGCAACGACUUCAACUUUUUAAUUCUUUCAACGGCGACGCUUUUUAUCCACUUUCUGUUUGGCCACAAGAUUUUAAGUUAAUUUUCUGGAAAAAACCGAUCAGCGACAAGGACACUUUCAAACUGUUUUUAUUUUUAAUUGGCAAUGGCUGUUCACCCCACCUCACUUCACACUGGAUCCUGACGUCACAACACUGGACCACUGACAAAAAGGCAGAAAAACGUGCCCGCCAGCUAGACUUUCUUCUCAACAACAUGGACAACAAAUCACACAUCUGGUUUUACUUUGAUCUGCACUCUGAAGAAUGGCUUUACCUUAAUGGACAAAAAAGAUCGACCUAAAAUUAAUGACUAACCUUUUUAAAUUCUCUUUCGAAAAAAUAUCUUUUAAAAAAUUACAAGUUGUAUUCCUUAUAAUAAAUUAUUAUUAAUGUCAGCGAACACAAAAGAGCGACUAACAACAAACCAUUUAAAUUCUCUUUCAAUUACAUUUUUGUGAUAAUUCAAGUUAUACUACUUAUAACAGUUUCAUCAUGAAAGUUCUUAUCCUGUACAUUUCUUUCACCCCCCUUCCCCCCCCUUUUUUUUUAUGGGAGCUUACAUGUGACAUUUUCCUUUACUUAAUUCUAAUCUUGUAUCUUAUCCGAUAAUUUAAAGUAUUAUCCAAUUUUUAAAAUUAUUUCAGAAUUUUUGUAACUCUGCAGAUGUCGCUAUAGUUACUGGAGAAACUACUGAGUCAAUUUCAACUUUUAUUGAAAAGAAAAAUUUUCAAAGUCAAUAUCAAACAACAUAACAAACCAUCUGGCUUAUUAUGAUUUGUCUUCACCAAAGAAGCAACUUUACGUUUUCAUUUUUCACAAACAUGUUCUUUACUUAUAAUUAUUUUUGAAGAGAAAAUUACACAUUAAAGUUAUUGAAGUAAUUCCUUUGAUUGUCUCUCCUUUGUUAUUCAUUUAUUUUAUUUUAUUUCACUCUUUCUAUCAUUUAUUUUAUUUCAUUUUAUUAUUAUAAAUUUUUAUUUUUAUUUAUUUUUUUUUUAUAUAUAUUUUAUUUUAUUAUUAUAUUUUUUUUUUCUUCCUCUCUCUUCUUUAUUUUUAACUUUCCAAGAGGUUGACAUGACUGCUUUGCAGUUUGCCGGUCCCUUUUUUCCCCUUUCACCUUCCUAUCAUCCCUCUUAUUAUUUUACCUUCUAACCCCUCAUCCUCUUAUACGUAUCCUAACUCUAUUUUGAGGUUGACAUAGCUGUUUGACAGUUUGCCAGUCCCUCAAUACUUAUUCUUUUUAUUUUUCAACUAAUAUAUUUUAUUUAAUCCUAUCCUUAUUAGAAUUUCAGUAAUUAUUACUUUCUACCUAAUAAAUUUUUGCACUUCUUUGAGGUAGACAUAGCUGCUCUGCGGUUUGCCCGUCCCUCAUUAUCAGUGCUAAUCUUAACAUCUAACUUUUCUGUUCUGUUUGUAUACACACAACACCCUUGUAUACACACAUCCUCCCUCCCCACCUUACCCACUAUUUUAGUGGAGACUUGGGAACCCUUUCAUUAGGGAUUCCUUACCACACCUGUAAUGCCACAAAGGUUGCUAGAUGUAUCUACUGUCCCUUUUUUUUUUUUACAAAGUUUGUGUUAAGGGUCACGUCAUCCGUUGGAUGUUUUCAGCAUAGCACUAAAAGUCAUUGUGCAACUGAAAUAGAUUAUGCCUUGUUUGUAUUUCAGGGUCGUAGGGGCAAGGGUGCUAUCUACACCUUUGCAACUGGGAAUGGCGGCUUAAUUGGUGACAGCUGUGCCUAUAACGGUUAUGUUAAUAGUAUUUUUACUAUUGCAAUCAGUGGUGUGAACCCGGAUGACUCAAGACCGUUUUAUGCAGAAGACUGUGCCGGUAUAAUGGCCUCUGCUUACACUUACAGCAGGGACUUAUUCAAUGGAGUCGGCAAAGUUGUAAGUGAAGUAGUCAAAUCACUUGGAUAUGGUUUGCUCUUUGCAUUUCUACCUGAAAACCGGAGCCUCGCCAUAAGAGCAUCCUUUUAAAGAUUAUCAGUACAACCAUGUGUCUUCCCCUAUUCUACAACUUCGUUAAUAUGAUAACGACCAGCUUUUUGAGCCCCCGUGGCGUCGUUAUCUUCUUCACAAUUUUGUACGUCUGUUACUGUUAGUCCCGGGGGGGGGACUCCGCAUGUGAAAGGGGUGGGGAUGCUCGUCGGAAAUUUUGAAUUGAACCUCUUAAGGAGACCAAUCUGGGCGUGGCCUAUCCUUAAUGUUAAACUUUGAUUACAUGAAUCGAGUACAUAAAACGAAUUGAAAAUGUAUAAUUUUUUAAUAUUUCUUCGAGUGCAACCCUAAAAGAGACCUUUACGGAGACCAAAAUCCGAAAUUUACACCCCUAAGCGAGACGAUGAGCAUCCCCUCCCCUUUCAUAUACGGAGUCCCCCCUCCCCCCGGGCUGUUAGUUCGACCAGUCGAACGCCUGGUGGGAUUGGUUUGCUGAAGUGAGAAAAGCGAUCAAUGCAACAAACAGGAGGUUUUUAUCGAAAGUUGUUCAAAGCAUUCAAGUUAUAUGUGAUAUCUUGCAGAUUGAUAGUGCAACAAAACAUUUUUUACGGUAUCUUGUUGUCUAUAAGGGAUAACGAUAUGACUUUAACCCAACAGUAUGACAGGCGGUGGUUGUACUGGCGUGAUUCCACUAGGCCUUUCUUUCUUUUCUACUGGCAUGUGUAAGUUGUAAAUAGGACGUGUGAGCAGGUAUGCUCACCAACCCUUAAUUUCCGAUUCGGCGACUCGGCUGAGAACGGUUAUCGACCAUUCCUUCAACCCAUGUACAUUCCGUAGUUGAAGCUGUCUAGUUUCAACCCCAGGAAGAGCACUUCUACACCUUAUAUCUGGUGUCAUGACAAGCAGACCACACUGGACAUAAUAUUGCAGGAAAGGAAAUGCAAUGAGCCUUAUAAUAUAUGGGUCAGGGGACUGUUUUUCAAAAGUCCUGUUGUGUUUGCCGUAGUUACAUUCAAGUUCAAAGUUUUAAUAAUUUUGACAAUGAUACAAUGAAACUGUUUGUUAACGACAACGGGUCUGGAUUUUAAAAUUUGCCUUCGGGCCCGAAAAGUUUCCGGACCUUUCGAGAAACAGGUCCCAAGGCCCGUAAGGGCACUCCAGGGAGGUCUGGGUAGAGUGUCCUUUCAAAAACUCUGACCCUUACCACAAAAGUAGAUCGCUCAUCGCCAACCUUCAUACUCUUUUAAAGGCUAAACAGUUAAAUUGUAUACCUUAUUUAACACUCCAGACCCCGAAAACCAUAACUUUUUCAGCGGCACAUACUCGUUUAGGCCCUUCAAGGGAAUGCCCCAUCCCCCAUCCCCCUUAGACCUUUUCUUUUUUGUGGAGAUUAGCAUCAUGUUAUUAUUCAGGGAACAAACAGUCUAGACAUAUUUUUGUAAGCUAAAUUACUAUCCUAUUCCGCAGAUUACAGCUGAUCAGAAAUCAGGAUGCACUGAAAAUUUCGGAGCAACAUCAGCGGCUACAGCGAUGGCUUCAGGUCUUAUUGCAUUGACACUAGAAGCAAAGUAAGUCUUAAUGAUUUUAAUGUUUUUUGAUCUUCUGUCGUGUAACAUUAUAGGCUCAGAGUGAGGAAAGUGGAUCAACAAGGACCCGCGGGGUUACCCCCUAUAGUGGCCUAUACGAGAAGGCUCCGCCUGAAAGGAGUAACUUUUUCAGGCUUUAAUUUAGGUAUAUUAAAGGGUACAUGUAGGGAUUUAACUAGUCGACUUACAAAAAAGUAGGGAAAUCAGUCAUUUCGGUCUUUUUUAAAAUGUCCAAAAAGGCUUACAGAUGCAUUUUAUGGCUGUGAAAAAGUCGAGAACACGUAUGGUGUUUAAGAUUUAUUCAUGUUUUAAGGUGGCUGAACACAGUUUUGCAGUUUGUGGGUACAUGUCGUUUGCCAAAUCAUGGCAAGAGAAUGGGUGGAGUUCACAAGCUGAAACUUGGCAAGUGAAAAAUAUACUGAUGAAAGAUUUUGAUUGACAGGUAAAAUGUGACGUUUUCGUAGUUUCCACGGCAACAUGAACGAUUGAAUACAACCUUAAAAUUUCACUUUUGCUCAGUUUGCACAAAAUUCGCUCAUUACAUUUUUCUAUAAACUUGCACACAGUUUAGUAUAAUUAAUCAUUACCAUUUGAAACUUAUUUGAUUAAACUUUUACCGACGGCUUUUUAGAUAAUCAAUAAUUAUAUAAUUAUACUGUAAAUAUUAAAUGUGUCACAAAAUUCCUCUGUUCAACUUCCAUUUUAAAGUUCUCAUUAUUUAAACUACGAUAAAAGUAAAAAUUCUUUCAAAUAUCACAAAAUCUUUAUGAGUAGAUUUUGAGAAAUCGUCUUCUGUGUACCUUUGCUUUUUCCGCGGCCAUGUUUGUUUGUCUAAUUUAACACACGCGCCGUCACGCGAGUUACCACUGACCGCCCGCAAAACUGUGUUCAGCCACCUUAAAGACAGUGUCAGCAGUUAAGAGUGAUGCAAAGGCCUAAACUAGGUAUCUGAAAGAAGUACCAUUUGUCAAUAGAGAGUGGUCAAAAAUGGUUUAUAAAAGAUACUACGAGGUUGGACUCUGGCGGAGCCUCCCCGCUUAAAACUUUGCCGAGUACCUACCCCCGACCAGGACCCACUCUUUCAAUAGACUGACGGUGCUCUUGUGUACUCCUGAACAUAAAAAGGUGGUGUGUAAGAUUUAGAUGACCCUGGUAGGUUGUACGUGUAGGCUAUUGCUGCUGUAGGUUUAUUUAUCAUUGCAUUUUUGUUUUUUAAGAGGCUCACAGUCUUAUCAGUUUUUGUAGUUAUUGUCACGCGUCACCCUCGUUAAAUUAAGUCUCUUACCAACUUACUUACUUACUUGCGCAGUUACUUAACAAGACGCUGUGGCAGCGUAUAUCUGGGCGUCGUUGUACGACGCGUACGUGAAGUUUUUUAAGUACAUAGGGAUGUGUGAGUAGUGCAGUAGGGUUUUAUAUUUUAUGGGUUGGUUGAGAUCUGUGAAGUGGAAGGCGUGGAGUUAUAUUUGACGUGGAUUGUAAGAUAAUAGCUGUAGUUUGUUAAUCAGUGGAACUGCUUGAUAUGAAGUAACAAAAUUUUUUUGGAAGGUAAAAAUUGAUUUCUGUGAGGUAGUUGUGGGAGUCUGGGAGUGCUAAUUCGGUUAUGAAGGGAUAGUGUAUAGUUACAGUCUGCUGAAAUGAAGUGGUGGUUGUGAAAAAAAAAGACGCUUUACUUGAGUGUCAAUGUACUUAGCACGAAAGUGCUAAUUGGGGACGCUACUUUUACGUCUCCUACUUGAGACGGGACCGCCAUUUUACGCGUUCAUCCGAGCCGCGCAAAAGUCAAGCCGCUUGCAGUGCAAAGGGAGUACCUUCAUUUCUCAGUUAUUUUAAGACCCAGAAUAAUGGCAGGCUCAAAUUUCAUAACUUGAGGUCCGUAAUGACAAAUAGACCGUACAUCGCAUUCGCAUUUUUUGAACAAACUGUUCCCUAAACAACCGGAAUGUAGAUAUCACGUACAGUAAUUUUCCUUAUCUCAUGCACGGUCACGGAAUUUUGGGUCAUUGUUAUUUUUCCGGUCGAUUUCCUAUCAAAACAUCCACAAGUGCGAUAUUCUUAACACAACAACAUUUCAUUUUCAGUGAAAGAAAUCAUGUGAUUUUGCAUACCUUUAUGAUAUCGUUACCAAGUUUGUAUAUACCGUAACGGAAUUCCUCCUUGCGUGAUCAACAUGAAAAUAUUUUUCCAUGGGUGGAAUUUUAAUAAAGUUCAAAAGAGAAGAAUUAUAGUUAAGGUUCCUUUUCUUGUUUUAUUUUUGUAUAAUAAAAAGUUUAUCCUGAGCAGUUUUAUGCAGUGCACUACUUACUUCCUUACUUGUCUGCCUGCCUGACUGCUCCUAACUAAGUUAGUUACUUACUAUUUAAACUAUUGUGUUUUAUUUUUAAGCCCCUCCCUUACAUGGCGUGACGUACAACACAUUAUAGUAAGAAGUGCGAGACACGCACCAGAAGGAGUUCCACUCACCAGCGGAUUCUGGGUAAAGAACAAGGCUGGUUUAUGGUUCAGUAGAUAUUUUGGCUUCGGCCUUAUGGAUGGUGGCAUGAUGGUGCACUUGGCAAAACAAUGGUAUACAGUGCCUUCACAACUGAGAUGUGAGAUUAAGGGCAGGGAUGAAAACAGGUUUGGACUUUUUUUUAUUUUGUUCGUUGUUGUUGCUGAUGAUCAGUAAGUACAGAAAAAGAUCUAUCUCUAACGAAUCUUUUUAUGUAAAGUUCUCUAGGACCCAUAAAAUGUCUGCGGUCAGAAGAUGGUCAUGAUGGAAGUCCCCCACCCUAUAAAGUUGUUUUACACAUUAUCUUAGUCUCUCAUCGUCAUUUACUUACUUUUUUUUUACGUUAGUUUAUGCUAUUUAGUGUAUUGUAAAGUCUUCAUCGUUGAUUAGUCCAUCUACUGUAACCUUGUGUUGUAACUAUGUCUUUUCUUCCCCCCGCCUCGAGUAGUUCCUACUUUAAUAUAGGUUAUUUGCGGGUGGGAAAAUAUGAUUAAUCAGUUUCAGUAUAAUUACAUUGGUAAUUAUAAUCAUCGCGCGGUGAUUAUAACAUUGAAGGCCAGCAGUUAUCAAAAUGGCAGCCAGUUUUGUUGAUGUUUCGGAGUCGGAAAUUGGUCAAUAAUUUUAUUUCCUCGAAUAAUCAUCAAUGUAAUUAUACGAAAACAUUUAGCCGCCUCAGGCGACGUGAAUAGUGAAUACUCACGUCGCCUUCGGCGACUAAUUGUUAAAUAAUGUUAAAAUUAAGAAAAAUUUUUGUUGCUGGUAUUGCUGCUGUUUAGGAGGCUCUUUUGUUCUUGCUGUUGUCAAUUCUCGUGUUGAAAGCUUUAACAUUUCAGACAGCAAACGUGGAAAACGGGACUACAAACAGAGCACAAAUGUCGAAUAGGCAGUGCCGUAAAAGCAAGAUUGCAGUACUUAUUGCGUAGGUUAUAGCUGGUUAAGUGACAUUACGAGCCGCCCAUUUUGUGUUACUCAUUCGGUUUUCCACGGUUGGAUUACCUUGAUUCUCUCUUAACAUAUUUUGUUUGGAUAAUGAAAUUAAAUUUUUCUAGCUAGUACUCAUAAGAACGUAACUUUUAAAGACAAAUAAUUUAAAAUCACUGAUUUUGCUCAUUCACAAACAACAAACAACUUUUGAAUGAAGCCGCAAAGGUUAGAAGAAAACGUCAUAAGAAAUGAAACCGCCCGCUUCCAAAACCAAUCAGACUGCAGGAUUUUGAGAAUUUCUUCCGCUCGUAAACUGAGAAUAAAAUAAAAAUUACAGUGAUACCUAGCAGCAUUAUAUCGUUACUGUAUCCGACAGCGAUGGAAGAAUAACAACAAACUCCAAACUGUUGUUUGUUAGUAAAUUCAAUUUACCACCGCUAAAAAAAUCAAAGAUAAAUCCGUUAACUUUCUUCGCCCUUUCUAGUUGACUUUGUCCUUAAUCUCUUCUUUCAACUUUUUCAAACCUAACCAUUACUAAAAUGGACACCAUAUUUUAAGAGGAGUACAAGAAUUAACCGUUAAAAAAAUUACUCGCCAGCCCCCAAGAUACCCUAAUACCCUUUAACUCUUUUGCUCCCAGACCACGUGAUGAGAGGUUUUUCCAUUUUGAGGAAAUCCUAUGGCGCUACCUUUCGAAUGAAACACACCUUCACGUCAUAAGCGACAAACUUACUGAAUGGCUGAAAAAAAUGUUCACGUGGUCAUCGCUGCUGUUUGCCGCUGAACGUAAAUGUGCCGCUAAAUCUCUCUAACAACACUUUUUUACAGAGUGAUACCUUCAGAGGUUACGGAGACAGUCGGCAAUUGCACAAUAAAAUUCCUGGAGCACGUUCAAGUGAGAGUAAAUCUAGUUUUUGAGCGUCGCGGAGACCUGUAUUUGGAGCUGAUUGCGCCUAAUGGAACCAUAUCUCCAUUGACUCGUCAGAGGAGAGAGGACAAUAUAUAUAGAGACACAAACCUGACAAACUGGUAUAUCACUACUUUAUUUAGUUGGGGAGAAAGUCCUGAAGGACAGUGGAAGCUCAGAAUUGAAAAUUUAGACCAAAAUUACAAAACAACCGGUGAGUGGGCAUUUGAAAUUUCAUGCUGUAGUGUAGUAACGGAAUAAAAUGACUUGUUAAGGUAAUAUUGUUUGUUUACGCUUAUGUAGUGCUAGGGACGACACAAAUGACACCACAAGGGUGCAAAUAAACAGCAUUAGCGGGAAACUGUCAUAGUGUUCAAUCUAGAAAUUAGUCAAAGUGGGUCAUAUGUCCCACAUGGCAUUUUAAAUUGGGUGGUCUGGGUCAAAUUAUGCUAUUGAAACUUUUAACAACUGACAUCACCCAAACACAGUUGUAUCACUGUGUUACUUGUUGGGCUUGAGGCAGUUGGCUCUUGAAGUUCUGGAUGUUGACUUAUCGAACUGACUUCUCCAGCAUCUACUUUCUUAUCCAGCCCUUCUUCAUGAUUUUCAGUAUUUACACACAAGGUUUCUUGGGGGUCAGUAUGACUCCUAGCCUGCAAAGUAGGCGUAUUUUGCAGCACGAUCCAUUAUUUUUUUCGGGAAUAACGUUUUCCUGCCAUCUUGGACGUUAAUACUACCAGAGAGUGGGGGCGAGUCAAUAACUGAUUUUAAGGGAGAGGUUGGCCUUUUCCUUUGCUUUUCAAGAUGGCGGCCGCGAUCAAUGUACGUCUGAGUUUCCGCUAAAAAACGCCUGCACUGUAGGCUAUAUGACUCCAAGAUAAUUUCAUUUAGCGUCAGGGUAGAAUAGAAUAUUCCGCGUCCGUGACGCAAAAACGCCGCCUAGGUUGAACACUAAGUCAGUAAAUGUGUCAUUUUGCUAUCAUAAUUAUGAACAUAAAAGGCCAAAUAUUUUAUCCAUAUUUAAAAUAACACUGUUAUGUAGUCAUUUUUCAAGCCCUUCGUAUCGCUCUAAAAAAGUUAAGUAGGCUGUUGUCAGCAUACAUCAUUGUACUGGAGAACUGAAAUAGAAUGCAAGAUAGUAAAUCAUCAAUUUAUAGCGUAAAUAACACCAGCCCCAAGAAUACUCCCCUGAAGCACGCCACUUUGAAUGGUUACGGGAUUUGACAAUGCAUUUCCAUACUGACUGCCUGGGUUCUAUUGAAAGGAAGAUUAAGGUGUCAAGGCCAACGGCUCAACGUUGCCGCCUAAUAAAUAGACUAUUUUACAAAGUGUAAGUGAUACAUGACCUUAAAACAAGGUUUUUGAAAGUCCCUGGUUGUGGUCUGGCUAGGAUUUGAAUCCGAGCCUCCCGCUCAUUCAAAAGCCUGGGGUCAAUGAAUUGGACAGACUGCGUACCAGUCAUUUCCGUUUCCUUUUACCCAAGCGAGGGAAGGACGGAAGACGCGCUGCCAGUGCGUGAGGUGAAAGAAGCACUGGCGGCUCUUUUCCGCUUCCCUCGCUCGGUGCGGCAUGGCGCAUAAUGAAAGCGACAACGACUGCUACUCCCUAACCGAGCGGCGUUUACCUCAGUUUAUACUACUACAUGAGAAAUUUCUGCAAUUUGAUUGGCUUAGAGCAGUGGUAUUUCAGUUUAAUUUGAAAUACCUACAUGUGAAAAUUACAAAACCUUUGCAGGUAGUAGUAUAAACAAAUAAUAGCAUGAUUUGGACGUGAUAUUUGGCAUAAAUACCACUAGUGAUGUUUCAAGAUUGUCUCAAAUUUCACUCGCCUAACGGCUCGGGAAUUUACGUGUAACAAUUUUGAAAUAUCACUCGUGGUAUUUAUGCCAAAUAUCACUACAAAUCAUGCUAUUACCUAUACUAACUAGAUUAUAUAGCGAGUUGAAAUUUCUGGGGAAAUUCAAUUUCGGCUAGAAUAAUCCAGAGGCCCUGAAACUCGGGUGGAAGUUGUGAACAAACCGCCGUGGAGUGGAGAAACAUGCUUACUAGUUACUUCGACGCUGCUGUCAGUAACUUGGCAAGAAUUGUACAGACAGUAUUCUUAGGUGUUUUCGUCAUUAUCAAGAGGCUCCUUUAAGAGAAUUUCGCUUCUGUUAAAACCAACUAUCUAAAGCGUAAUUUAAAUGGAUAAUGAAACUCUGGUUUAUAAAUGAGGAUUUCUCCCAGUGACUUCAUUUAAUAAUAUUUUUCUGACUACCGUCUUGUUUUAAAUUGUCUGUUUAAGGUAUUCUUUACAGCUGGUCGCUAAUUCUGUACGGAACAGAGAAGGAUCCCUUAUCAAAGAACCCACAUGUUCCGACGAUUUCUCUGAAGGUUAAACCUGCAACAUAUUCAAGCCACACUUUGCCUACUACAACAACACAGCCAUCUUCAUAAACUGGUAGGCUAAACUUCUUGUUGUUUUCUAUUUGGAACAUGACCAAUUCGAUCGAUACUACAGUUAGGUCAAGGGAACAAAUGUUUUAAAACACAAUCAAUUACCAUUUUUUUUAACAGACGAUAGACGGCUUAGCGGCGACAACUAAGUUAUGGGUACGCAGAGGAAAUUUGCUUAGCAGUAAAGAAACGGCAUUACCUUCUUAAAUGUGUAGCAAACCCCAAAAAGGCUUCCAUUCAAGUAAACGAUUCUAUCUUAUCCUACGACUGUUCACUGAAAGACAGCAAGUGACGUCAAAGUGUGGUGAUCGGCCUGUGCCAUUGAUGUGCUUACCUCAUUUUGACGCCAUUUUCUCUGAUCUGUGACUGAACGAACAAAUCGCCUUUUUUUUUUCUUUGCUUCAUACAAUGAACAGAAAAGUACAACUCGAUUUGUUGCAGCUGGUCGACGGAUGUUUUGACGUCGCCAAGAGCAAAUUUCGUGGCAGCCUCUGCUUUCUUAAUUCAGUAAAAAUAAUUAGUAAUGCCCGGGGGGGUGGGGGUUACUUUAGGAAUUUCUGGGUGGGGAUGCGCCGCUGGGACCCUGGAACCCUUGACCUAUACCAGAGCUAGUUCAGCUGAAUUUUGCUACCCUAUACUAGAGUAAACUCCCCAAAUCCCCCCUAUCCUAGAGUAGCUGUUUUCCAGAAACUAGUGAGGUCACUAGCACAGUCUAGUCAAAACAAAACCUUAUACCACAAUCACCAGUCUAGAUAAAAUCUUCAACCAACUGAUCAGUUUCCUGAAAAAUGAUACCCUGUUCUAGACCCAAACGCUCUGGUUUAUAUACCCUAUCCUAGAGUAAACUGCUUGAAAACCGGCAUACCCUUCACAGCGGCACAUACCUAUAUAGCCCACAUAUGGCAGUACCCCCCGGGGAGUAAUGCAAACAUCUUGUAAACUGUACGCUACUUUCGAGAAAGCAGAGAAUACAAUUUUUCUGUGAAGUCAUUCGUGUGUAUUUACUCAGACAGAUCAUGAGUAACGACCAAUCAUUUCGCGCGAAGUAUUUAGAAAAAAUUCAACGGUGCAAAUGGGCUUCUUUACAGUUUGGGAGACUGUGUUGUCAUGAACGCGCACGUUAUGGUGUGUGCAAAUCAACUUUUCCACAUUACUAUUGUCGUCGAAUCGGUCGCUUUGCGUCUCAAGGUGACGUUGUUAUCCUGAAUGACUUUUGGACAGUUGCUCGCAAUAGUUGAGUCACCGCUAUGAAAGUGAUUCAUCUUGUUUAACUAUACCCUUGUUUUGUGUGAUUUUUUCCGUAGACAAUCUUAAGAUGAUUCUUAUCAUCACUGGUGGUUCCGCCUCGGGAGUUGUUGUUGUUGUGUUUGUGAUUUGCUGCGCUCGUGCAAUUUUAAAAGUGAAAAGAGAAAAAAGGUUGAAGAAGAAGAUAGAGGGAGACAUAAAGCUAGUAGCUAUGCAGGAGGAGAUAUCAAUUUAUUAGCAGAAGCAAGGAGCAACGGGCGUAAAGAAGCUGGACCAUCCUGGACUUGUACCUACAUUGCUUUAGCCCAUGUCCCCUUAAAUCCGUGUACAAACGUUUUUGUUCACUCUGCAGAUCGUUUACGACAAAAACCCGUUUGUCCACAUCAUUCUCGUCAAGACAGGGAUCGUAAUCGUAUACGUUUUUUGCGUUUAGAAACAUAAAGGGACUCUUGUACUCUUGUACACUAGUCAGAUGCCAUCAGAGUGUUAUUUAAAAUUAUAGACUGAGAAAAGUACCAUAAAAUAGUAAAGAUGUAAAUUUACCUUAUUGCUGCUAAUUUUCGCGGGAUCUAAGAGCCUGUUUGAAAAAAGGGAGGAUAGCCCAUGCAAGAGUUACCCUUGCAAGCAGGUUGAAGCUGGUGGCUUGGGUUGCAAGCAAAUGAGUCUGAGUGCAUUCUGUUUAAGAUCAAAGGUAAUUGGAGACAGUAUAAAUAGAUAGAUUGUGACGUGAUGAUUAAAACAAGAUUGGGUGAUAGGAAUUCAGCUCUUAGCCAUAAGUCUCCUCGGGUGACUCUCUUCAUGCCUGGCUGGUUAUCGCCAGGUUUCUAUGCAAACAUUCUGGGCCUUUUUUGACGAAUUUUUUCAAAAAUUCGUCUAUUAGUAUUAUUAUUAUUAUUGUUGUUGUUGUUGUUGUUGUUAUUAUAUUGACAAAAAUAAAAUUUGAUUUUAGGGUUUGUUGACUUCCGCAAGGGAUUUGAUUUGAUCUAACACAAGAUUCGCUUGCAGAAAUUACUUAAUUUCAACGUACACUGUUGCUUGGUUUCCUAAGUUGCCCGUUUUUAACAGGGUAGAUCUCAGUUUUCCGUUUGGAGUCAUCUUCGUCCGCAUCUGAGCACAUUAACGGCGGUAUCCCACGGGGAACGAGAUUGGGCCCUAUCCCCUUCGUGGUCUUUUGUAAACGAUCCCCUUCCGAAUUGGGCUCCAAGGGUAACAAUUUGUGGAUGAUCUAACAGCCAUGGAAAUUGUACCUAUGAGCCAUACAGCCGGACAUUCAGGCGUUUGCAUGUAGUAAUAACAUAUAGCUUAAUCCCAAAAAAUGUGAAGAGCUUACCAUCGACUUUCUUCGCCGAAACGUCGACUUUCUCUCCCAAACAGAAAUUCCCGAUUUGUCGGCUUCUUGUCACAAGUACACAAGUACAGUAUCGAUACUGCCCUAAAUGUGAGACUUUUCGAUUCGCCUUAGCUGCCGGGAAUCUACUUACCCGAGGAAAAUCAAAGUAGAGCCUGAUCACAGCGUAAUGCGAGACGAGUUUUCGUUAAGAUACGAGUGUUGAACAAAUAUUAAAUAUUCGAUUGAAUAAUAAGACUUCGUGCAUACAACAGUCAUGAUUACUUGUGUCACGCAUUACUUUUUUGUUGAAUCUUUUACCUGCGAAUACAGCCUUCCGUCCUCCUGCCUCUCACCAUUCGCAGGCCAAUUAUACCUGCAACUGUGAACUGUUUAAUUAAAUAUAAGUAUUGUUUACUGUCAGUGAUUCCCUUUGUUGACACUAGAACUAAAAGCCAGGGCUUCCUCUGAUUCACCUACACAACUAUGAAAGCGGUUCUCAUCAAUCACAUCUCCAGGGUAAAACGACAUGUUCGCCCGCACUUCCUAGCCAACGUCUACUGCUAGUUCUGUACCCAAUCUAAUAUAUAACAGUGGAGGUGGCUAGUGGUAACGUUUACCGAGCCGCGAUAGCCACCGACACCGAGGUGAAUAAUUGUUUUAGUAUUUACUAAACAGGGGCGUUCCUGGGCAUUUUCCAGCUUUUCGAUACAGUCUUUUUGGACACCAUACUGAUGUUUUUCAAUCGUCUUAAAAGUGAUUUUAUCCUUGUCCGAUUGCUACAAAAUUUUCACAAGUGAUUACUGGGCUGCCUGUGCGGCCCAGUCAUAAAUUCGGUUUUCGGUCGUCGGUGUCAAAAAACGGUCAUCCGCGGCCGGGGAAGGGAAAACACGAGGGUCUGGUACCAAGAAACGACGUUCUCAUAAAUGGUUUUAUAUGAUUUUCUCUUGCACGGACCCUUGCACGGAUACUUUUUGUACCUCGUCUCCGCUCCCCCUGAAAAACCCACAAGGCGUUGCGAACCUGAAGAAGGCUAUUUGCGUUGUUAGAAGCGAUUCGAGAGUCACUUUAUAAUUUUUUUAUUGUUUGAGUUUAAGUCAGUUAGAUGAUGUUGGCGCUGGGAAACUCAGAGAAAUGCUCGCGCUGCAUUCAAACCGACACGCCGUUCACGGUAGGUUCACACUAAAAGAUGUAGUGUGAUGUAAGCGUCAGGUUUGGAACGUCGUGGCCGCUUCGUGAACUCAAAGAGAGAAUUAUCGAUCGAUGUAGUACAUGAGUAAUUAAGAAGCACAAUUUAUGAGCAAGGUAUUUCACCAGUUGACGACACUAUGGCUGAAGACUUGAUUGUAAGCCUUCGUAGUCAGUGAAGCGAAUAACUCAGUUGCCGAUGAAUGGCACUACGCACGUCCAUGAGCGAGGGACAUGACAACUUUGCCAUGUUAGAAGACUGGCUUUUCCUUUAAAUAUUUCCUUCUAUUUAAUGCAACACACGCCACUUUGGAGGUCUAAAUUUCGGAUACUGAGGAUAAAGAAGACACGGACAAAGAUAGGGACUCUGAGAAUUUCGCACACAAGUUUAAAGCUUCACCGGGACAUCCCAUCCGGGAGCUUCACAGAGAGCGACUUGAGGAAAAUAGGAGCUAUUACUGACAAGGUUUGGUGACUGAGUAGAGCAUAUAAGUGUAGCCCACGUCGAGGUUUCAGGGGGUUUGCUUUUGCUUGUAUUUGUAUCUUGCUAAGCUUUUAUCAUUAAAAUUGUAACUGAUCUUGUGAUCACAAUUCUGUGUUUUCGCCCAUUCAGCAAGCACGCCAUAUUGAUGUCAGCAUUAGCGAGUUUCAGAAACAUGCCUUUGAAAGUUUUCAGCUCUCGUGAUGUUUCUUGAUAUUUCUUUUACCAUUUAUGGAGAUGUAAACUGAAGUCACCGCAAAGUGGAAACUUAAAAAAGCGUAUAAUCCAUUUAUCUCGAAACAUAACACACAUGACUUAUACGACCUUUAUUUUCGUAAAGGUGUUUUGAAUACGAACGAACACAGUCAAUGUGAGGGGCAAAAACAGCAUUAAUAUAAAUGAACCAUAGGGUUUUAACUAAUAUAAGGGUCAAUUAUUGUGCAUUGAGAUGAAUCGCUUGAAAAGAGAGACUUCGCUUGAAGAUGUGAUCAGAAGUAAACAAAGUCAUAAUGGUGCGUCACGUUCAGUCUUUUUAAUAUCCAAGGAGUCACUGUGAAUAGUGUUUCCAUAUUGUUUAGCUAGCACAAAAACUUCAGACGAGUUAUAAAGCGGCAUAGUUAUCUUCUAUGAAGAAAAGUUCGUCUUGGGUGAGACAAACAGAACUGGAGCGAAUUUUUAACUCGCAUCGGUAUCAGGUAAAAAAUAUGUUAUCGAUCGUUUCAUCUAUUUACAUUGUUUGAAGUGCGUGCUGGUGAACGCAACAUGCGAGCGAGAAAUCUGUAAACUUUUUUAGGUCUCAAAAUGCAAAGGAUUUUAUUACUUUAAGUUAGAGAAAAAUACCAUGAGGAAAAUCUUAAAACUGAAUAUUUUUCAUCUUGUGGAAAAAAAUAGUGCGUUUUCUUGUAGACUGUGGACCGCAAAUUAGGAUCGCACUUUUCACGAACAUGCGAAUUCUGAAGUUCAGAAGCUUCAGAUUGCGUUUUUCGCUGCUGUCAAUCAUCUUAACGGACCUCUUAUUAAACAAAACUUUACUUCACGGGUUCAAAAGGGGAUGUUACUAAAACGGGGAACGGGGAGCGGGGAGCGGGGAGCGGGGAACGGAAGUCUGGGAACGAGUUGUCAGCGGAAACCUCCAUAAAAAUCCAAUAUGGCCGAUGAUCGAUGAUAGAGAACCGUCGAAACAAACUUAACCGAUAACGGCGUUACUUUACUUGAACUAUAUGCUCAUGAGGUGCUUGAAAUAAUACGGAGGUAAUAACUUCAUGACGUUUUUCACCUUUUUGCGUUUUACUAAACAAUUAUCCGUAGGAAACAAAAUGUGCUCCAACAGCAGUUGAAAGAAGCCAAUCGGGACAAAAACUCUCAAAGCACAUGUACAGCCAUAAUUUGGAACUCCAGCGAAUCUAUACUGAGUCUAGCCCACAAAGCAAUUAACUACUUUUCCAUGAUAGAUAACAUACAUCGAAGUAGUCAAGUAGCUUGUGUGCAAACUUCUUCUAUUUCCUUUGAUAGAGAUGACUGCUUUGAAAAAUGUUAUUGACCACGUCAUCACAUAAUUAGUAAGACUACUUUAACAAGCUGGUUCUGCUUUUAAUAUUAUUAGAUCUACUACACUGCAAGCAUUCAUGAUAUUGAAGUGUUUCACUGAUCCAUGAAAAUAAAAUAAUAUCAUUUUAUUAUUUUGUGAAACAAUUUGUUUCAGGUCAGUUUGCCCAGUAUAGACCAGUAUAAUGACCCUAAUGGAACCUAAUUCACUCAUUUUCCUCACCCUAAUCAGUAACUGCUUCAAAGUCGUACAGUGGCCAUUUGUCUUUCUGCGAAAUACCCUGACGACCCUAGUUUUCCUGAAUCAAAACCAUUGGAUGGCAUUGAAUGCAACAUUCUCCCUCACUGCAGAUCCUCAAUUAACCCCCGCCCCCUAAGAAUGAGAUCCCAAACCCCUCCUUUUGAAGAAAAUUGUCGUAAAAUAAUCAAAGUACCUCUUCAUGGGCACGAAACGUUUGGUGCAAUUUAUACCAUACAAUAUCGCUGUAUCAAGUACUGUUCUCGGUGCAGGAGGAGGGGGUACUAUAAUGACCUAAACAGAGCCUGAAGCCUUUUUCAGGCUUCAGGUACAUGAAAGGGAAGGGUUUUUAUAGUUGAAGUAUAUGAAAGGGACCAAAAUGAGAUCAGUCACAGAUGCAUUUUAUGGAUGUGAGAGACAAGAAAACCUGUUUUUGUAAAGAUGGUGUAUUUACAGCAGUUAAAAAGGGAUGCAGCGUUCAAAAUUAGGUAUGUGAAAGGGGUACCAUUUGUCACUAGAGGGUAUACAAAAGGGGUACCUUUUCUGUCUAAAAUGGUACAUAUAAGGGGUAAAGGGUUGGUCCCUGGGGCAGAGCCUCUUUGGUGAGUACCCCCCCUUCCCUCUGGGAUACUGUUACUCUAGUCUGAUUCUUCUCUUUAAUUUCUUUGAUACUGUGCUUCAUUAAAUGAAUUAAAAUUCAUUUAAAAGCUUCUUGCCCCUUUUUUGAAAACCCGAUAUGUUAAAAGAAAUUAUGUCCCCUGGAGGGGAAAUAAAAUCAGGGAAAAUGGGUAGCAAGAUCUAUUGUGUUAUUUUACAUGCAUUGAGUAAGCGUAAUGUGGAAACUAUACACAUACAGUUGCGCGUGUUUACUGAAGAACAUAUCGGCACUCCAAUCUUUUGCCUCCCAUCACUUGUGUGAGACCUUAGACUCUUUAUUUCCAAAACUACAGACAGCUUGCUUGAAGGCUUAUCAACCACCUUCUAAUAAGCUGCCAGCCUCUGCAACAUUGAUGAUGUGAUGCUUGAUGGUAGGUGCACUGCAAUAUUACUGAAUCAAGCUAAUAAAGCAGCUUGACAAUAUUAACUGGUUUAAGUCACUGACACAUUCAGUUUUACACUGAGCUUGAAAUAUUUUUCUCCACAGUAAAAAUAAUGUUCAUUAAAGAGAAGCAGAGCUCCCCUCUGCAAAAACAUUAAAGGAGUGCCCCUAGAAAAAAAAUAAGCAUCCAGAGGGCUAAACAGAGGAAGUAUACUUACCAUGCAUAUUUGAACAGCUAGCCUUUAGAAAGUACCUUCCAACCAAAGACUUCAAAGUACUUCCCCCACGUAUACUUGCAACACUUAAUAUUGCAGCUCAGUUGUGGUUCACUUUUAUCCUAAGUUUGAAUUUUAUUCUCUUUGUUUUGAACUCAUAAUCAUAAAAUUCAUAUUACCGUACCCCCAAACAAAGGGAAGCAAAAUUUAACCCUAGGUUAUAAUUAAAUAAAACCACAACAUAGCCAUUUGCUUUGAAACAACUGAUAUCUUUAAGACCAAGGUAUGAUUGAUGUUCCUGGCACAUUCCCCGUUAAUAUGUUUAAAGUUGCCUUUUAUUGAUGUAUUAAAUAACCUGAUCCAUCUUAUCUUUUCAAAUAAUACAAUUGCACUUACUUCUCAUCAUAGGUUUGUAAAUAUAAUAUUAUUAGACUUACAGUUUUAUCUCAUCGCCAACAUGUUUUAAUUUGGGCUUGAAAAAACGCUACAGCUAAGAAGGAGCUCCACUGCUACACUAUUACUGUCGAGGAAAUACACCUGGCUGCUUCGAUCUACGUUAUCUUUCAGCAUGUAUUUAAGCCAAAACCCUACGAAAAGCGUCAAGGAAAAGUAGUUCAUUGCUUUGUGAGUUAGACCCAGUAUAGAUUCGCUUGAGUUCCAAAUAUGGCUGUGCUUUGAGAGUUUUUGUCCCGACUGUAGCUUCUUUCAACUGCUGUUGGAGCAUAUUUUGUUGUUUAGUACAACGCAAAAAGGUGAAAAAUGUCAUGACAUUAUUACCUCCGUAUUAUUUCAAGCACCUCAUGAGCAUAUAGUUCAUUAGUAAAAUAGCGACCUUAAGUGUUGUUUCGACGCUUCUCUAUCAUCGAUCUUACCGGGUCCUUGAUGCUUACCGGCCAUUUUGGAUUUUUAUGGAGGUUUCCGCUGACAACUCGUUCCCAGACUUCCGUUCCCCGUUCCCCGCUCCCCGCUCCCCGUUCCCCGUUUUAGUAACAUCCGUUCAAAAGGUCAUGGUUUGUGAUUUGUGGAUUUCGAUCCGUUUUGUGUGUUUCUCUGUUUCUUGGUUCGUUGCUUGUGAUCGUAAUUAUGAUUGACGGCAGCGAUAAAUACAAUUGUGAAGGUGGCUUUUGAACUUUAGAGUUCGCAUGUUUGUGAAAAGCGCAGUAAAGUCUCCGUGCAGUCAGUGAGGCCCCUGGAUCAGGCGGGAUCAAUGGGCAGUUAACUGUCUAUUUUAGUAUACUUCUGGUUUUCAUACAAUACAAUAUUUCUGUCUAGUGUAAAUCAGCUCAGUCUGUCGCAUUUUAUGCUCGUAGAACGACAACAAUUUUGGAAUUUUCCAGUUACGUCAAAUUAGUCACGUUAUACUGUCACGCUAUAUUUUGGGGCACAGAGGGAUUGGGGGAGGGGUACGUGGAAAUAAUGCAAAUUGUUUCCUGCUUUGAAUUAAUGGAUAAUUUGUUUAUUUUUAUUCAUAAUGGUGGAAUUUAAAACUUAUUAUACAGCCCCCACUUAAAAAUGGUUCUCUUUUUUUUUGGUUACGAAAGUCUUUCAAAAGGGUACAAUGUUGUGAAUGAGUUUAUGUUUCAGUCUCACAUGAGAUUCUGUCGCAUGCAAUGGUUGCCGACAAGGUUUUAUGGUAGCCUGAGUGCGUAUAGCCGCCCCCUCCUUCAAAAAAAAUAGCCCCUUUGCAGCCCAGUUAAAAAUCGCCUUUCGGCGAUUCUUGUUGACUAUGAAUUGAAGUGUGUCAAAAUGCAGUUUUUAGUUAAAUCCAUAUCACUAUGACAACAAUAAGCAAAAAACUUUGAAAUCGAUAAAAUCCGAAAUUUGCGACCACCUAUGAAAAACUAACAUCGAACAAUAGCAAGCGAACAAUAUUCCUAAAAUGGCAUUAAGUAAAUCCGCGAGCCAAGCAAAACUUCAAUUACAAAUCUACCUGGAGUUUUGAAAACCGGGUUGCCUGAAAUUUUAAGUCAAGUCCAGCACAUUGCAGGCAAUCUUUCAACACUUAAUUUGCUUAAAGCCCUGAUACUUUUAGUGUACAAAUAACAAUCUCGCUCUUCAGGACUAACCACCCUCACCUCUUAACCAUGGGCUCCAAAUAACUUCCUGGAAUUGACAGAAAUCAGUGCAAAUUCCAGAAAAUCUGCACGAGGGGGCCAACAGCCCGUCCCGUAGGGACGGGCUGUUGCCCCCGUUGGCCCAGCUAAUAUUUUUUGAGGGGGGCUUCCGUCAAACUAAGUCUCGUGUUGUUGAACAGUCAUGGGGCUAUCAUCUGGUAUGCAUUUGGGGUAGCCUGGUUAAAUUCCAGGGGGGUGGGGUUGUUGUAAAGUUUGAUGUGUUUUUGCACUCUUAUGCAGUUUGUUUGUGC